UCCGCUCCCGGAGUACAAGGGCCCCGGGUCGCCCACUGGUUGUCGGUAAGGCAGUGAGAAUCUGAGAGCAUGGAGGCAGCCCGGCCUAUCUCAACGGCCGGGAAGUUUGUGGUGGUCGGCGGUGGUAUCGCGGGUGUCACCUGUGCUGAGCAGUUGGCUAUUCAGUUUCCAUCAGAAGAUAUUCUCCUGGUAACAGCUUCUCCUGUUAUUAAAGCAGUUACAAAUUUCAAGCAGGUUUCUAAAGUAUUGGAGGAGUUUGACGUUGAAGAGCAACCAAAAACCAUGUUAGAAAAUCGCUUUCCCAACAUUAAGAUUAUAGAAUCUGGAGUAAAGGAACUGAAGAGUAAAGAACAUUGCAUUGUAACAGGAGAUGGCAGUCAGCAUGUGUAUAAGAAACUCUGUCUGUGCGCUGGAGCUAAGCCAAAGUUGAUAUGUGAAGGAAAUCCUUAUGUAUUAGGAAUCCGUGAUACAGACAGUGCUCAGGAAUUUCAGAAACAGCUUACUAAAGCUAAAAGAAUAAUGAUCAUAGGGAAUGGCGGCAUUGCACUUGAACUGGUGUAUGAAAUUGAAGGGUGUGAAGUCAUUUGGGCCAUUAAAGAUAAAGCUAUUGGGAAUACUUUCUUCGAUGCAGGAGCAGCUGAAUUCUUGACUUCAAAGCUCACUGCUGAAAAAGCAGAGGGCAGAAUUGCACAUAAAAGGACCAGAUAUACAACUGAAGGAAGGAAAAAGGAAACACAAACCACAGCUGGUGCUGGCAAUAUGGGCAGUGCUUUGGGACCUGAUUGGCAUGAAGGCUUGAAUCUUAAAGGUACAAAAGAGUUUUCUCAUAAGAUUCACAUUGAAACUAUGUGUGAAGUAAAGAAAAUCUUCCUUCAGGAGGAAUUUAGAAUUUCUAAGAAAAAGUCCUUGCCUUUUCCUAGAGACCAUUCUAAUCAGUCAAUCACAACCGAUAAUGAGGUAUGGCCUGUAUAUGUGGAAUUGACUAAUGAAAAGAUAUACGGCUGUGAUUUCAUUGUCAGUGCUACAGGAGUUACACCAAAUACAGAACCCUUCCUCUGUGGCAACAAUUUUGCUCUAGGAGAAGAUGGUGGCCUGAAGGUGGAUGCUUAUAUGCACACAUCUCUCUCUGAUGUCUACGCCGCUGGUGACAUCUGCACUGCAUCCUGGCGGCCCAGCCGAGUGUGGCAGCAGAUGAGGCUGUGGACCCAGGCUAGACAGAUGGGAUGGUAUGCAGCGAAGUGCAUGGCUGCAGCUAGUUUAGGAGAAUCUAUUGACAUGGACUUCAGCUUUGAGCUUUUUGCUCAUGUAACAAAAUUUUUUAACUAUAAGGUUGUAUUGCUGGGAAAAUACAACGCACAGGGCUUAGGUUCAGAUCAUGAAUUAAUGCUGAGAUGUACCAAAGGACAUGAAUACGUCAAAGUCAUCAUGCAGCGUGGGCGAAUGAUGGGAGCUGUCUUAAUUGGUGAAACUGACUUAGAAGAAACAUUUGAAAACUUAAUUUUAAAUCAAACAGAUCUUUCAUCAUAUGGAGAAGAUCUGCUAGAUCCAAAUAUUGAUUUAGAAGAUUAUUUUGAUUAAAAAAGGCAUUUCAAGAACUAUGUAAAGUUCCAAACACUAAGUCACAAUAAGGUAAUACACUGAUUUAAUGAAGUUAAGAAUACAGAAGUAAUAAUGAUUUCAGUGGGAAAAGAUUAAAAUAUAA